AACAAAGCUCAUAAAGCACGAAAGUGGUCUGGUUUAAUGCCAGUUAACAAUAACAACAUAAAUAAUCAUAAGACGGUCCUCGGUGAAUCUGAUGGCAGUGUCAGAUACCUUCCGGAUGUGGGGACUCGUUUGAGGGAUAAAAUCAGCAGACUUCAUUAACUGCACAUGAUUAAGAACAUUAAGUCUGUGACUCGCAGGCCUCUCUUUACUUUACUGACUGUGGUGUGUGUAGGUUACACUUUGCUUAUCUGGGAUCCUACAUAAAGCACACAGUCUCGCAGCCAUAUUUUAAUUUAGGAGCAAUAUAACCAGGAACUAAUUUAUUGCUGUAGCUGGGGAACAAUUUACUGACGUACGGCUUCCAUGGAAACUUCACCUCGCGGAAGAGAGGCCAAAAAGUUCCCGUCAGGUGUGUCCUGGUGACUGUGAAGACUGAUUAGGCUGGUCUACUGAUACCUGUCGACGUUUAAGAGGAAGAUGGUGUCUAAACAAAAUCACUCAGAGGCUUUCCAGGUAUCCAAGGAGUUCAGUACGAAGAUGCAGACCCAACUGACACACAACGACCUGGAAGUCAAAGAUUUUGUUGCUAACAAGGACUAUAGGAUCAAGGCGCUUGAGAUGAGCUGAAGCGGAUGGAGAAGAAAUUGCAGGUGGAGCGAGAUGGCAACAUUAAGAAGCUUUACGUAGAGCUGCAAAGAAUCUGGACUCAGUGGGACCAGUAUGUCAUGCAGGUCUCCAGUGAAAUGGUCCUGAAAGAUACAGAAAUCAUCGCGCUGCAGGAGAGAGAAACUAAACUCAGGACUGAGCUGGAGAGGAGCAGGGAACAGAUUGAAAGGUACAAACAGCAACUGAGUGCUGGUUUGACUAGAGAGAAGGUUUUGGAAAAGAACAGAGUCCAAAUGGAGCUGGAAUGGGAGAGACGUUUUGAGGAUGUAAAGGCUGACCACUACCUUGCAAAUGAGCAGCUAAUACAAGACCUGAUCCAGGCCAGAGACCAGGCUAAAGCAGAGCUGACGGAGCGAGAGCAAGAACUCCAUGAUUUAACUGUCUUACUGCAGUCUGUUAGAAGGGAGAGAAAUCAGGCAAUACAGGGUCUCACUCCAAUAGAUUCUCUGGCAUCAGAAGAGAUCCAGUGUCUGCAGGAGCAGAACAACAUCCUGCGUGCUGCGGUUACCCAGAGAAAGGACAUGGAAGGUCUCAGCCAUCUUUUAAGUCACUCACAGGCUGAGCCACAGGUCUCUUCUCCUCAGCCAGUUCAGCAUCGAGAAUCUUCAGCUCACACUCAGGUGGCUACUGGACCACCAGGCCACUCCACAGGCAAACCAGCAGACUGCGCUCAGCCUGUGGAGCAGGUGGUGUCCCUAUCAAGAAAGCACCUCAAGGAGCAGCUAGGAGGUGCUACAGGACUGUCCAGCCUAGCUGCAGCCACAAAGGAACCCACAGAGGAGCUGGAACCCACAGUUCCAGGCAGCACACAGCUAGAGAAUAAAGGUGGUUGUACCAACAGCUCUGCUAUGACAAAGCAGGACAGAGUGACACAUAUGGAGUCAGCUUCCAGUAACACCACACAGCAGAAGGCACUCAUGCAACAGUUCCAAGGAGAGAACAAGGAUCUGAAAUCAGGUCUGAUGUGUGGUGUGUUUAAAAGAUCCAAUCCUGCUAAAAAUGACCCUCACCUCCUUCGUGCCAGGCUGAAGCAGGCAGCGUCCUGUAUCGCCCAUUUGAGCAGAGAGAAACAGCAGCUGAUAGAAAUGGGCAACCGCCUCCGUGCCCAGAUCACCACUGUUGGACCACAGGAACGAAUGGAGCUAGUGAAGGACACCCCCACAGAGAAACAAGGAAACCGCAAUGACCGACUUUCUACUCUGGAACAGCUGCAGUACCAGCUCACCACACAGGAGUUGCAGUAUGCACUGAAGCAGAGGACUUGCACUAUUGCUGAACAGAUCCUCCCAGGAGCAAACAGCCAAGGUCCUGUCUUAAAAGAGACAGCGAACACUUUCAGGGCCUCAAAUCCAUUGAGCACCAAGAAUAAAGAGAAGACUGUUCCACUCAACUGGCCACAGUCACAGCUCCACUCAGGUUUGUCCAGAACUCAGCUGUCAUCAGAUGAAUCACUGUGGUCAUUAACAAUGCUGUGGGACACACUGGAAGAUGGACUUAUGGACUCAGUUUUCUCAGAAGGUGAAUGUGAGCUCAAGAGCAGGAAGGAGGUGGCUGAGUCUGGUGGUUCUGCAGUCCAGAUGAUGAUCCAUGGUAGUGGUCUGAUUCCCAGCCAGCCCCAAACUGAGGUCCAGCAGAGGAGAAACCGAUCUAAAACACCGUCAAGCACUAAGACCAACAGACCUGCCAGGAUCAGCAAGAUCAGAAACUACAAUGUUAAAGAUUGAGGACUGAAAUCAAAUAUGUUAACGAAGAGUUGAGAACCAACAAGGACCCUAACAGUGUCAGUUUUAUCUGUGGUUCAGCACUACACUUGUUAAAGGAGCAUUACAAAACUAAAGCAUGUUACAGAUAAAACAUAUACAUGGUUGGAGAAGCAUCAUGUUUUUUCAAAAGUAUUUUGAAUUUUCUUCAACAAAUACCAAAUUAACAACCUGACUUAAUCAGGACAAAGAAAUCCACUUAUUUUAAAACAAGGCCAUCACCAGAAAAAAAGCAAGUCAGGUUUGCAUUUACAAAAAUCCUUGUGUUCAAAAGAGAUAACUAAGACACCUAACUGGAUGAUUUACACUGACUGGCCCUUUCUUUGAUAAAGUUCAAAUAGUGUCCAGUCUUUUUCUUGUCCUUCAGUACAUCUGAAUAUGUUUGAGGUGUGCUAUUUGGGCUGGGGUUCAGUCAUCUCAGUCUCCAUUUACGUGAGGAAAUUCAGCAGUGUGUGGACACCAAUAUCUAGCUAUGGCUGCAGACUACAGUGGCACCCACAUAAACAUCCAUCCAUCCAUCAUCCAUCCAUUCUCUUCCGCUUAUCCAAGGGUGAGGUGGAGCACACCCUGGACAGAUCACCAGUCUGUGGCAGGUCUAGCACAGAGAGACA